AUUUGGAGUGGAUUAUGAAAUGGAAGAAAAGCCUCAGUCUCUUGAAGACCUAACAGUGGAGCAGGUUCAAGAUGAUGUGGAAAUAGAACCUGGUGAACAGACAGAUGCUUUUGUGGCUUACUUUGCUGAUGAAAACAAGACAGACAUUUGGGCAGACAAGAGCACAAGCUUUUUGCUCCCUCCCUUCCCCAAGUAUUUGCAAAAUGGAUUCCCAGAGGGAACUGACUGAAGAACUCAGACUUUACCAAUCCACCCUUCUUCAGGAUGGCCUCAAAGAACUCCUGGAAGAGAAAAAAUUCGUAGAUUGCUCCCUAAAAGCUGGUGACAGAAGUCUGCCUUGCCACAGAUUGAUUCUGUCAGCAUGUAGCCCUUAUUUUCGUGAGUAUUUCUUAUCUGAGCAAAAUGAAGAGAAAAAGAAGGAGGUAGUUCUAGAUAACGUUGACCCCAACAUCCUGGAUAUGAUUGUCAAAUACCUUUAUUCAGCAACUAUUGAUCUUAAUGAUUCUAACGUGCAAGAUAUUUUUGCUUUGGCCAGCCGCUUCCAGAUCCCUUCUGUAUUCACCGUGUGUGUCUCCUAUCUUCAGAAGAGGCUUGCUGUCGGUAACUGUCUGGCUAUCCUUCGAUUAGGUGUUCUGCUUGAUUGCCCAAGACUUGCGUUUUCUGCCCGUGAUUUUGUUUCAGAUCAUUUUGUGCAGAUCUGCAAAGAAGAAGACUUCCUGCAGCUUGCACCAAACGAACUUAUCUCCGUUAUUUCACCUGACAGCUUAAAUGUAGAGAAGGAAGAACUGGUAUUUGAAGCAGUGAUGAGAUGGGUCCGGUCAGACAAGGAGAACAGAGUAAAGAGCCUAGGAGAAGUUUUUGACUGCAUACGUUUUCGUCUUAUGCCAGAAAAAUAUUUCAAAGAACAUGUUGAGAAGGACGAUAUAAUUAAAAGCAACUCAGAUCUUCAGAAAAAAGUAAAGAUUAUUAAGGAUGCUUAUGCUGGAAAACUGCCUGACUCCAGCACAAAUAAAGAAAAAUCGAACAAAGGGGAAGUGAAUGGUGAUGUAGGAGAUGAAGAUUUACUGCCGGGCUACCUAAAUGACCUUCCCAGGCACGGCAUGUUUGUCAAAGACCUAAUUCUCCUGGUUAAUGACACUGCUGCAGUAGCUUAUGAUCCUCUUGAAAAUGAAUGCUACCUGGCAGCCCUGGCAGAACAGAUUCCCAGAAACCAUUCCAGUAUAGUCACCAAACAAAAUCAGGUCUACAUUGUUGGAGGACUGUAUGUGGAAGAGGAGAACAAAGAUCAGCCUUUCCAAUCAUACUUCUUUCAGCUGGAUAGCAUUGCUGGUGAGUGGGUUGCCCUUCCUCCACUGCCGUCAGCCAGGUGUCUCUUCGGGCUGGGAGAGUCAGACGACAAGAUCUAUGUAAUUGCAGGCAAGGACCUUCGCAAUGAGGAGUCUCUAGAUUCAGUAUUGUGCUAUGACCCUGUGGGAAUGAAAUGGGGUGAGAUCAAAAAACUACCCAUCAAAGUAUAUGGCCAUGCUACCAUCUCAAACAAUGGAUUGAUAUAUUGUCUCGGUGGAAAAACUGAUGAUAAAAAAUGUACUAAUAGAGUAUUUGUAUACAAUCCAAAGAAAGGAGACUGGAGAGACCUGGCUCCAAUGAAAGUGGCUCGCUCAAUGUUUGGAACAGCCAUCCAUAAAGGCAAGAUUUUCAUUGCUGGUGGUGUCACUGAAGAAGGCCUUACUUCAUCUGUUGAAGCUUUUGAUCUGACCACAAAUAAGUGGGAGAUUGUGCCUGAAUUUCCCCAGGAGCGAAGUUCCAUCAGUUUAGUCACCUUAAGUGGAUCUUUGUAUGCCAUUGGAGGUUUUGCAAUGAUUCAGCUUGAAUCUAAAGAAUUUGCACCCAAUGAAGUCACUGACAUAUGGAAGUAUGAUGAUGAAAAGAAGGAAUGGGUUGGCAUUCUGAAAGAGAUCCGAUAUGCAACUGGAGCAUCCUGCUUGGCUACACGUUUAAAUCUCUUCAAGCUGUCAAAACUGUAAACAAAAUGCUGGAAAAUUUGAUAUGAUGCGGGAGUUUUCAUAGGCUCUUCUGAAUUUGUUGCAUGUAAAGUCUCCAGAUUGUUCAGAGUUUUGUAGCAGCAUACUAGUUAUACAGAUAACUGUUAAACAGUUAAUCUGUCUGUCCAAGUCUUAAGGUAUUUACUAGCUAAUCAAUAAGAAGUUAAUUUUUGCUAGCCUUUAAAAUCCUGAAGAACUCUAAUUAAUGUUAUUAGAAUAAAUGAAGAUUUCUACUCAAUGGAAAAUAAAACUAGUUAGCUAUCCUUAUUCUCAGUCCAGGACAGUGGUGGCUGAUCUGUAAACAGUGCUCAAGAAUUAAUAGAUUGUUAAAUUAAAUACAACUAGUAGGUGCUGAUUUUAUUCUAACCAGCUGUUUGUAAAGUCUGAUUUCUCCCUUCAACAGUGUAUGCAACUCCUGCAUUCUUCAGUCAUAUUUUGAAGAUGUUUUCAAUGGAGCCUUCUAAAAAUAAUUAAUUUAGCCUGGAACUGAAAUGCAUAUUGAAAACAGAAGCACCAACCUUAGCCAGAGCUGAGUGGGCAGCUGUGAGGUAAAAAAGAGAAUUUUACAGGGGUAAUAGCUUUGCCUAUUAUGUUUUGGUUUCUCGAAGGUUCUCUUUUUUUUUUUCUUUUUUCUUUUUUUCUUUUUUUUAAUGCUUUUGUAUUUAUUUCCAAAGCAAUUAUUUAAUGGAAAGUUUUCUCAGAGAUCUGAUGUCAUUAGUAAGAUUCAUGAAAAAUGCUAGAACAGUUGAUCACCAGUAAGCACCUAUCUAAGAAAUAAUCGAUGCAUUUUAAUGUUUAAACAUUAAACCAGUAACAAUUAAACUUUGUUUUUAAUGCUGUUAAAAUUUCA